UUAACAAUAGUUUUUAAACAAUAAUGAUAUAGAUAACUAAAUCUAAUAAAAUUAAAUAAUGAUUUUUUAUUUGUUAAAAAACUAAGUAGUGAUAUUAGGAUCAAAUGAAAGAGGAAACAUAUCACAAGGAGAGAUGCCAUAUGAGUUUGGGAGAAAACCUUACUUUAUUAUAUAAAGGUUUAUAUUAUUGUAAUUCACUAAUUCACUCUUACUAUUUUUCUACACACACAAAAUUCUUUCACAUCCAAAGCAGGCAAUGGGUAUUUCUUGCAUCACAAGAAACACAAAUUGUAUCCUCCCUUUUCUUCUUCUUAUUCUAAUCAUAACUCCUUCGUCCUCUUCCUUGUCCCCCAAAGACAUCGUGACAAAAGAGCUCCUCAACAAAUUCUGUUCAGGUUCCGAUAUUACCAAUCCUAACUUAUGCCUCAAAUGGCUCAAUAGAACCACAUCAAUAAGCAUCAAUGGCCUUAUAAACCUCACAGUAAAAGAAACUCGAGAGUUUGGUCUGAAAAACCAAGCACUGAUGAGCAAAUUAGCAAGAAGCUCUGGUAAGGACCCGAAUCUCAAGGGAUCUUACGAGGCAUGUGUGGAUAGUCAUGGCCAGGCAAUCAAAGAGCUUGAGAAAGCUCAAAAGUUUUUGAGCAGUAGCUCUUUCAAGCAAGCAGUUUCGGCUAUUUCUAACGCAUUUGAUAAAGCUUCUGAUUGCAAAGAUGCGUUCGAAGGACCUUCUAAUGAGCCACCUAUGGUUGCGAAUCGCAUUGAAGACUUUACCUUUAUGUGUUACAUUGACUGGAGUUUAGCUUCACUUGUCAAUUAAAUUCAUAAGUAUAUGUUUCAGUUACAAUAAUAAAAACUCAAAUACAGUAUCUUUUAACAUAAUGUUUUGUUUGAAUAGUUCAUUUCUUUCUUUUUUGUUUCUUUUGGUACAUAUCAAUCUUCUACGACAAAACCAAAAUUGACCUUGAAGAAUUGCAAUGAGAACUUAUCCUUG